AUGGAACCAAGCCAAGUCCAGAACUGCCAUUCCCUUGUGCGUGAUCCCGCUGUUUUCCGACAACCCUUCAUCCACGGCAUGAGUAUUGAUCAUGACUUAGUUCCUCUCUGCAAUGGAGUCGAUAUCGAGGAUGCAACGAUUGGAGAUCUUCAGCGAUUUUUGACAUUGGGGAAGUUAACAAGUAAAGACUUGGUGACUUGCUACGUCGCUCGAAUCGAGCAAACAAAUUCGCAUCUCCGGUCUGUGAGCGAAAUCAACCCAGACGCCAUCACAAUUGCCACGACCCUGGACGAGGAGAGAAGAACUCAUGGCAUCCGAGGCCCGAUGCACGGAAUCCCCUUCAUGGUCAAAGACAACAUCUACACCGACGACAAGCACAACACAAGCGAAGGCGGCCUUGUCUUGCUUGGCGGUAGAUACUCUUCCGAGGCCACAAUUGUGGCGAAGAUUAGACAGGCGGGCGGCGUGCUACUCGGGCAUGCAGCACUCUCCGAAGCAGCUGAUCAUCGCGCUCUGACCAACUUCUCUGAUGGUUAUUCAACCCGAGUUGGACAGACAAGAAACCCGUUUAAUCUCACUCAGCCCACGUCCGGUAGCAGUGGCGGCUCCGCAGUUUCGGUCCGAAGCAACCAAGUCCCAGUUGCGUUGGGAACCGAGACUCAUGGGUCGCUGGUACACCCGUCGGCACUUCUGGGACUGUACACGAUCAAAACAACCCCUGGUCUGAUUUCACGCCAUGGCAUCAUCCCUGGCAGCUAUUAUCACGACACCCCUGGUCCAAUGGCGCACUCGAUGAAGGAUGUUGCAAUUUUGCUUGACAUCAUGGCAGGCCCGGACCGUUUCGACAACUUAACCUUCGAUGCUCUUGGCCAUUAUCCGACAAACGGGUACUUUGCUGAGAUUACCGAUCAAAAGUCGCUGAAAGGAAUGAAAUUGGGAGUUCCUUGGAAUCCUUACUGGUCUACAAUUGGGGCUAUCAACUCUCCGGGACAACGCGAUGCCUAUGAAAGUCGCCUGGCGGAGUUGAAGGCAGCUGGUGCGGAAAUCUUCAACCUCACGCACAUCCCUCAAAUCGAGACUGUGGCCAACAAGUAUGGCUUUGGUCAACCGGCCGACAUCCCAGAGGAACAUGGCCAGCUGAUCCCUUACAACACACUUCUCGCCGUUGCGUAUGGCGAGUUUCUCCAGAACUUCAGCUUCCCCGAACACGACGAGCGCUAUGGAAUGAGUACCCUCGCCGAGAUGGCCGCAUGGAACGACGCUCAUAACGAUACUACGGGAGCCCUUGGGAACAGCACCUGGUGGUUCAAUACCGUUUCGGGCCAAGACUUCUACGACAAUGCCGUCGCAACCAACGGAACGAUGGGUGAUGAGUUCUGCAAAGCGUUUGGCUGGGGCCGAAAGACUGCACGGGAAGCGAUCGACGGCGGGCAUGCAUACACGUUGAGCAACGGCACCGUCAUCGAACUCGAUGGCUUGCUCGUGCCAAACGACCCGUCUGGAGGUCACGACAACGCGUGCUCUUCGAUCCCUUCUUAUGCCGGGUACCCUGUUGCAUCAGUACCCAUCGGACAGAGUGGAUAUGGCGUCGCCUUCGGGAUCUGCAUCUAUGGUCGACAAUACUCUGAGGCACGCUUGGUCAGGGUGGCGUCGGCUAUGGAGGACCUUUUUCGCUGGAACGCGAAGCCUGAGUUUCACAACUACGACACGGCAGAGGGACCAUGGGACGCGCCUUGGCCUGGGUAUGUUUGCUCAGAAACUUCACUUGACAGAUAUGCUUGCGAACUUUGA